AUGGCUGCUGCACUUUGGAAGAUCAAAUCUCUGGACCUGAGCUUGUGGAUCUGUCUCCUGCUCCUCAACCUCCUUCCUCACGCCAGGGCAGUAGUUGGACACAGAGAGCCGCUGCCUGAUGAUAGCAGAGACAAUAUCACCAUUUUCACCCGGAUCCUAGACAGGCUACUGGAUGGAUACGACAACAGGCUACGUCCUGGGCUGGGAGAGAGUGUGACAGAAGUGAGGACAAACAUCUACGUGACGAGUUUCGGGCCGGUGUCAGACACAGACAUGGAGUACACCAUCGAUGUCUUCUUCCGUCAGAGUUGGCGGGACGAGAGGCUUAAGUUCGAUGGGCCCAUGCAGGUUUUACCCCUCAACAACCUCCUGGCCAGUAAGAUCUGGACUCCUGAUACCUUCUUUCACAAUGGAAAGAAAUCUGUGGCCCACAACAUGACGACUCCCAACAAACUGCUACGACUGGUUGACAACGGCACGCUUCUCUACACGAUGAGGUUGACCAUUCAUGCCGAGUGCCCCAUGCACCUGGAGGAUUUCCCAAUGGAUGCACAUGCCUGUCCUCUGAAGUUUGGAAGUUAUGCAUACACGAACAAUGAGGUGAUCUACCUGUGGACUCAGGGAGACGAGAGGUCUGUUGCUGUGGCCCCAGACGGCUCAAGGUUGAACCAGUAUGACCUGCUGGGACACGUUAUUGGCAAAGAGACCAUCAGCUCCAGCACAGGUAGAAGAGGAGAAUAUGUAGUGAUGACAACAUAUUUCCAUUUGAAAAGGAAAAUUGGCUAUUUUGUGAUUCAGACCUACCUGCCGUGCAUCAUGACUGUCAUACUGUCUCAGGUCUCGUUCUGGUUGAACAGAGAGUCGGUUCCUGCUCGCACUGUGUUCGGGGUCACCACUGUCCUAACCAUGACCACCCUGAGCAUCAGUGCUAGAAACUCCCUCCCUAAGGUGGCCUAUGCCACGGCCAUGGACUGGUUCAUGGCCGUGUGCUAUGCCUUUGUCUUCUCUGCCUUGAUUGAGUUUGCCACAGUCAACUACUUCACCAAGCGCAGCUGGGCAUGGGAUGGGAAAAAAGAGGGCAUGGAAAUAAGGGAACCGUUUCAGGCUAACAUGGCCAGGAUUAACGAUAUGAGAAGAGAAUCUGCGACUUUGUCCAAAAAGGCAAACAACACCUUCAACAUUGUCGGAACCACAUACGCCAUCAACGUUGCUAAAGACCAAGGUUUGACGACCAUUUCCAAGAGUGCCACUGCAGCGGCGGCCAAACACCAGUAUACGCAUAAAAUGGAGGACCCCUACAUGGAGGCCAAGCAGUCCUACAACCGUGUCAGCAAAGUGGACAAGAUAUCACGCAUAAUAUUCCCAGUUCUGUUCUUCAUCUUCAACUUAGGCUACUGGGCCACAUACGUCAACAGAAAGCCUGCUAUCAUGGAGGAAAACAACCAAAACUGA